UUGAUUGCUCGGGCUGGCCAUCCAAAUCCUGAAAUGCAUCGCCCUCUGCAGGUUGACUUCAUUCCCAUGCGCUUGUAACAGGGGAAACAGAAAUAAAUACUCGGCAUUGAAUAGAGCUGAAACGCUGCCUUGGAGUAUCUGAAACGACAACUCGAACCAGGCGGGAUCUUUCUCACCUUAUCUGUUUAUAAAUGGCAAAGGAACGCGGAGACGGCAACACCGAAAAGCGCACAGGAGUUAGUAUAUCGGCGGACACUGAGGACCGUAAUGAAUUCUAGUCAUUGAUUUCUGCAAGAGCGUUGGAUUUUCUGGUUUCAAUGAUCGAUUUUAUUUUACGGAAGUUCUGGUUCCAGGAAUAUCGUCCACCCCCACCCAUCCAUAAAAUGUAAAAAAAAAAUGUAAGUCUUGAUCUUACAUCGAGGUCCCCUUGAAUACACAAUAGCUGUCGGUUAUGAACCACCCACACGGUCUCCGAACAAGGAAGUCCAACUGCGCCCUCAGUCUUGCGAGUGCCUUCAUAUAUUCGGUCUAUAAAUGUAUAUGAACACGAUCUCGCCUUCUUUUGGAGAUACUGUACUGCAAAGAGUGGAGAAGUGGAAUGUGUUCAGGUCUUGCAUCGUCUACCGAAUCGUCAAGCGUGAUUACGUUUCCUGAACUUGUUGCUGGUGGACUGGAAGCUCUGUUGGGGGAUCCUCCUGUCACUAAUCCGAUGUCAGACGAGCAACACCCAGCCGGGUUUUGAGUCAGGAGCGACCUGUUUCUCGCCAGCCAGCAGCCGCGGUCAGUCAGUCAGAUCGCUGAGGAUGGCAGCGGGGGUAGCAGCCUGGCUGCCGUUCGCCCGGGCGGCGGCUAUCGGGUGGAUGCCGGUGGCGAGCCACCCCAUGCCCGCCGCCCCCAGCGACAGAAAGCGGCCGCAGGACGGGCUAGUCAUCCUCAACGUGAGCGGCAGGCGCUUCCAGACGUGGCGGAGCACUCUGGAGAGGUACCCCGACACCUUGCUGGGCAGCUCGGAGAAGGACUUCUUCUACAACGACGAGAUCAGCGAAUAUUUCUUCGACCGCGACCCGGACAUCUUCAGGAACAUCUUGAAUUUCUACCGCACGGGCAAGCUGCACUACCCGCGACACGAGUGCAUCUCGGCUUACGACGAGGAGCUCGCCUUCUUCGGCAUCAUCCCCGAGAUCAUCGGCGACUGCUGCUACGAGGAGUACAAGGACCGAAAGCGCGAAAACGUCGAGCGCAUCCUGGACGACGCGGAGGACGAGCUGAGCGCCGAGAACCGCCUGCCGUCCAUGACGGCGCGCGAGAAGGUGUGGCGGGCUUUCGAGAACCCGCACACCAGCACCCUGGCGCUCGUCCUCUACUACGUCACCGGCUUCUUCAUCGCCGUCUCGGUGAUGGCCAACGUGGCGGAGACGGUGCCGUGCGGCACCAUGCCGGGCAGCGUCAAGGAGCUGCCGUGCGGCGAGCGCUACGCCCUGGCCUUCUUCUGCCUCGACACGGCGUGCGUCAUGAUCUUCACCAUCGAGUACCUGCUGCGCCUCAUGGCGGCCCCCAGCCGCUACCGCUUCGUGCGCAGCGUGAUGAGCAUCAUCGACGUGGUGGCCAUCAUGCCCUACUACAUCGCCCUGAUCAUGACGGACAACGAGGACGUGAGCGGCGCCUUCGUCACCCUGCGGGUCUUCAGGGUCUUCCGGAUAUUUAAGUUCUCCCGCCACUCGCAGGGCCUGCGCAUCCUGGGCUACACCCUCAAGAGUUGCGCCUCCGAGCUCGGCUUCCUCCUCUUCUCCCUCACCAUGGCCAUUAUCAUCUUCGCCACUGUCAUGUUUUACGCCGAGAAGGGUUCCACCGCCACCAAGUUCACCAGCAUCCCGGCUGCUUUCUGGUACACCAUUGUCACCAUGACCACUCUGGGGUAUGGCGACAUGGUACCAAAGACCAUUGCUGGGAAGAUAUUUGGAUCUAUCUGCUCUUUGAGUGGUGUGUUGGUUAUUGCUUUACCUGUGCCCGUAAUUGUCUCAAACUUCAGUCGCAUCUACCAUCAGAACCAACGGGCAGAUAAACGGAAGGCGCAGAAGAAAUCCAGACUUGCAAGAAUCCGUGCAGCAAAGAGUUGGAGUGCAAAUGCUUAUAUGCAGAGCAAGCACAACGGCUUGCUAAGUGAAUCACUCGAGCAGAUGUCUAAUGAUGAAGAACAAGCCCUAGUUAGCAAGUCUGGAUCUUCAUUUCAGAGGCAACAUCAUCACCUGUUACACUGUCUGGAGAAAACCACGAAUCACGAUUUUGUGGAUGAACAAACGUACAAAGAAAAUUUUCUUGAACAAUCUGCAAAGAACCGAUCGCAUUCACACAGUCCUUCUCUCUCUUCUCAUCAUGGUUUAACUGGAACAUGCUGCUCCAGGCGUAGCAAAAAACCCUUCCGUCUCCCAAAUUCGAAUACUUCCUACAGUCGUCCGGGAAAUCUACAAGAACUCAGUACUAUUCAGAUUCGAUGUUUACAGGAGAGUGAGCUCUCCAACAGCCGAUCCAGUUUGAAUGCAAAGUUUGAGGAAGGUGUCAAACUAAAUUGUGAGCAAUCGUACAUAACAACAGCGGUAAUAAGCAUGCCCAGCCCUCUCAUCGCAACCACCGAAGGAGAUCGCAGGUUUGACUCUUCGCAACAAGCAGAAAGAAACAUUGUAAAAGUGUCAGCACUGUAAAAAUCUUACCACGUCAGAUGUGAGCCUGGAAAGUCAUCCGACCACCUGUGUUGUUCCUGCUAUUGAAAAAGUAGAAAAGAACAUCACAGAUUGGAAAGCAAAGGGAGAACAUCAGCGCUUUCCCUGAUAGUUUUGCAUUGUGAAGUCCAUGACAACAGUGAUCAUCGCACUGAAGCUAUUUACCAGUGAAGUUUGGCCUCAGAGUAUGUAACAUUGAUAAUGAGGCGAGCAAAAGGAGGUAACAAGCUUGAAAACUGUUCUGCAAUAAUUUCUUUGCAGUGAGCACAACGAGAUAUUUCCACAUGCGACAUGAUCCACCCCCAAAGGCUCGUUUUAUUAUGAAGUACACAGGAACUGGAGAAGUGUGCAUGGGGAAGGAACAACAAAAUCAACGUGAAGAACUUUUCAUCCUCACAGCAACAAUGAAUACUGCGAAAGUAAAGCUGUUUAAUUUAGAACAUAAUUGUGAACAGUGAAUUGAGGACUGACAUAUUUAAAAUUGAACAGAGAACAUAAAUGCAUGUUGAAUACUCCUUGAGGCAUUACUUAACAUUCAUUGUAUUUCAAUGCGGUGGGCACGUACAACACGUCACCAAGAUCUGGAUUUGUUUGUAGAGGGAAAUGUAUAGGGCACCUUGGGACCUUCGCUAGAUGGCCACUACUCACUGAAAGACUGUUUAGUUCAUAUCAGAAGGGAACAUAAUUGUAGUAAUGGGUUUGGAUUGCUGAUUUAUAUUAAUAGUUUACACAACAAUAAAACCUUGUGAAUAAUACACCUUGAAUUCCAAAUGUUGUAUUGAGGCUCACACAGUUAGACAUAGCUGCACCCAAAUUUCUUUUUGAAACUUUUCUUUCCUGUAUAAGCUUGUCCUAUAUUGCUUAGAAUGAGUGCAAACAAUUUUCAGGCAAACGCAUUGAAUAAGUGAACUGUGGUAUAUUACAGAUGUUAUCCUUUUCAUUGCAGCUGCAGUAAGACUAACAGACUGCUCUUUCUGCAUGGUCUCCCCGACUUAUAUGGAAUUUAGUGGAUGGUUAUUCAGCAGGCUAUGUGCUCCAAUCAUUGUAGCUAUGGAAGUUGUUCUUUGUGCUAUAAAUAUAUGUAUAUAUUUUCAGUCAGUACCUUUAAAAGUACUAAUUUUCAGUAUUAGGUACAAUGUUUUUAAUUGGAGAUUUUAAGUGCGGUAUUAAUUAAAUAUUUGGACCUGUUAUUUUCCUUAAAAUGUCGCUGUAUGAUAUUUUGGGAGAGCAGAAUGUCCUGUACUCUCGACCACAGUUCCAAGAAGAGAGGCCCAUUCCCUGCAUGCUCAGUGGAGAGAGCAUGUUUCAUUGGGGUAAAGCUCUCACCACUUCCCAGAGAAAAACAGUGCUUCAACCAGAGGUAACAAUGACAGAAGCUUCAAGCUUGCAUGAUUGAAAUUUUGAAAAGGCUGUAAACCGUCCUCUAAAUUAAUUUUCUUUUUGUAAUACUGUUGUAUUUAAACUAAUAUAUCAAAUUUACAAAUGUGAAUAUUAUUGAUGUGCUAUCAAAUAAGGUAUGGUGCUUGGAAAGGAAAAUAAAAAGACGCUGAGGUUUUAUUCUUUGUUUCCCAUAGAUUGUUUUUUGGCUGAAGCACUGAAAAAUAAUAUAGCAAUACUGGUGAGAGGUAAAAACUAAUCGGGUUGUAAACAAAAAUAUAUAUUUGCUUCAUACAACUAGAGUCAAUGGCAGCAGAAGUUGCACCUGAAUUUUCCCACGUACACCAUGUAUUAUUUAUGUAAAGUUUCCUUUUCUAUUUCUCUCAUUGUAUCUCUGAGCAGUUUCUAUAAUAGUGCCCUUAAAGUUGUGUUGUAAGAGUGACUCAGAAAUCUGUCCAGGGUUGUAAAAUGGCUAUUCCAGUGUGCAAUGCUCUGUGCUGUAAAUUAGUUGUAACUUUGUAGUGUAUCAUAUGAGUUCAACACCUUUGCUGUUUUGCAUUUAAACAGCUUUCAUAGGUUUCACUUUAAUGAAGCAGCAUAAUUUGCCACCUAUUAUGCUCUAAAAAAUAAAAUGUCUGCAUGCUUCGGUUGGAAGAGUUGGUAUUGUAACUGGAAGUAACGCUUAAUAAAGAACAGCGUUCAUUUUCUUAACUACUUGAAGGUUAACUCAUGUAAAACUAUCAAUAGACAAAUUGUCCAGAGCAAAUAAUAUCUGAAAGCUAAUUAAAAACUAUUUCUGGAAACAAUUUGUGCAAUUGAUAAAUAGAAUGUAAGACAUAGAACUUACAAUGAGAAUACGAAUAGUUGAGCUGAAUAACUUUAACCUCUAAUAUAUACAUGGAAAGAUGUGUCAUUGAAAUGGGGGUAUUCAAUGGUGUAAAGGAUCAAAAAUUGUGUACUUGCAUAGUUUUUGAAACUAAAGGAACAUUAAAGACAUAUGAUACAUAAAAUAACUCCCAUGUAUGAAAGUUGAAAUUAAAAUGUUUUAAUUUUUGAGCACGUGUUUUCUGUCACUUCAGUAAUGUAUUAUUCAAUGACAGCCACUUGUUUCCCACAAAAUAACAAGUUUCUUUAUUAAAAUAUAAAACAUUGGAAGCA